GUCGAAACAGUUUGAAGGUGAUGAGCGCAAUGGGCGCAGGGAGCAUCAGCAGCUGUGAUGCGGGGUGGGUGGUGGCUGCUCUGAGCGCGCUUUUUGCGGUGGGACAAUUUUUACUCUUGUCAAAGCGAACGCAGCAACUGCAGGAGCGUCUGAGCAAGGAGGAAAAGGAGAGAGCGGCAGAGCGAGCGGGCCGCAUUCGAGCGCAGAAGGAGUUGAGAGAGAAAGUCGUUCCAGCUGGGACCGAGGGAGUGUCUGCCAGUUACCCGUUCACCCCAAUUGGCACCCUCCGCUCGUGCUUCUCCACCAGGAAUGGCACCCCACGGCAACCGCUGUUGGUGCCACUCUCGCGGGCGCGCCUGACGCUGACACCUGGCGGCGUGCCGGCGAUGGCGCUGGAAGGCCUGGCGCAGUACAGCCACUGCUGGGUGCUGUACGUCUUCCACGAAAACACGGACCUCGGGCGGCUGUGGACGGACCCAGACAAUAAGAACUUCAGAGCGAAGGUGAAAGUUCCGCGGCUGAACGGCGGCCGCCUGGGAGUGCUGGCAACAAGAUCGCCCCACCGGCCGUGCCCCAUCGGGCUCAGCGUUGCGAAGAUUGACCGUGUAGACGGGCCGAAGUUGUACCUCUCCGGAGUGGACAUCGUCGAUGGUUCGCCGGUGCUGGACGUGAAGCCGUACCUGGCGUACUGCGAUGCGGUGCCCGGCACGUCCGCGCCUUUUUGGGUUGAGGCGUCCGGGGCAGCGGACCCGCUUCUCUUGGCGGACGUGAGUUUUGCUGCCGGCGUGGUGGAAGCACUGGACUCACUCUGGGAGAAAGUGGGCAAACGGUCCCUGUACGACAGCCCCGAGGAGCUGCUGGCGCUGGUCGCCCAAGUGCUGUCCCGGGACAUUCGGUCGGUACACCAGCGGCAGUCGCUACACGUGGCAACGCGCCCGGCUUCAGCCCCCGGGGAAACUAGAGGCGGCGACAAGGAGGUGGGGUUGGUAACAUCAGACAUCCGGUCGGUGGACCAGCGGCAGUCGCCGCACGUGGCAACGCGCUCGGGUUUAUCGCCCGGGAAAAUUAUAGGCGGCGACAAGGUCGCGGGGAUGGAAGUCGGGGUGUCAGGCGAGGGAGCAAAAGUACGGGAGGACAGUGGGGCCGGCGAGAGUUUUGCCGAAUGGAGGGAAGACAGCGGAAUCGCCGCUGCCGAUUGGAGAACAGACAGUGCUGACGGGAUGGGGGUAAACGAUGCCGGUUGUUUGCAAAUGGGGGAUGGUGGGCAAAGUGAGGAAGGCGUGCGGACAGAAGAAAGCUCGACAAGUUCGGAGGUAGAUAAAUCUGGCAUACAAUCAGAAAGAGAAUGUCGGCAGUGCUUAGGAAUGAAACCUGAGGUUUCAGGAAGCGGACAUGCAGUGACGUACCAUCUUAAAGUGGAAGGAGUAGACUUUAGCUACAGAGUUGACUUAAACGGGCGUGUUCACGUCUACCGGGCAGAUUUGAGCUCAUAGUUGGACAGCACGUAUGUCUUUUGGUUAGUCAAGGUCGCUUUCGAUGAAAAGUUUUUGCGCAUGGUAAUUGACGCUGCCAGAAGCAUUUUAUGCCUUCCUUUCUUCUCACGUACUGGGCGAUAUUUCUAGCACCUCGAGCACAUGACAGCACGGGCAAUAACAAGUGCGGGCUCCUCGGCCGUUCUCCAAUGUCCAGUCUAGGUUUGGGAAACGGGUGACGGUGCUGCGUCAACGUUUGAUUCAAUGAUUGUUGCACA